AUGAGUAGUGAUCAUGAGAUGAUGGCCUACGGGGUGGCGGCCCCUUACCUCCGGAAGCCCGAGAAGGAGCGGAUCGAGGCCCAGAACCAGCCGUUUGAUGCCAAGACCUACUGCUUUGUCACUGACCCCACUGUGGAGUACGUCAAGGGGAAGAUACAGAGCAGCGAUGGCGGGAAUACCACUGUGGACACCGAGGACAACAAGAAUGUCUUCCCCAUGAAUCCGCCCAAGUUCGAUAAGAUCGAGGACAUGGCGAUGUUGACUCACCUGAACGAGCCGGCCGUGUUGUACAAUCUGAAGGAUCGGUAUAAAGCUUGGAUGAUCUAUACAUAUUCCGGCCUGUUCUGUGUCACCGUGAACCCCUACAAAUGGCUUCCCGUGUACAACCCCGAGGUGGUUAACGCCUACCGCGGCAAGAAGCGCCAGGAGGCUCCGCCCCACAUCUUCUCCAUCUCCGACAACGCCUAUCAGUUCAUGCUGACCGAUCGCGAGAACCAGUCCAUUCUCAUCACCGGAGAAUCCGGCGCCGGGAAGACGGUUAACACAAAACGCGUCAUCCAGUAUUUUGCAACAAUUGCAGCGGUGGCUGACGUGAAGAAGAAGGAAUCCACAAGUGGGAUAAAGGGCACACUGGAGGACCAGAUCAUCCAGGCCAACCCCCUACUGGAGGCCUUCGGCAAUGCCAAGACUAUCAGGAAUGAUAAUUCAUCCCGCUUUGGCAAAUUUAUCCGUAUUCACUUUGGCACCACCGGAAAACUGUCUUCUGCAGAUAUCGAAACGUAUCUGCUGGAGAAGUCCAGGGUCACCUUUCAGCUCCUGGCGGAGAGAAGUUAUCACAUCUUUUACCAGAUCUUGUCCAACAAGAAGCCGGAACUGAUCGACAUGCUGCUGGUCACGACGAACCCGUACGACUUCCCAUACAUCAGCCAGGGUGAGAUUUCCGUGGCGAGCAUCGAUGACACCGAGGAGCUGAUGGCUACAGAUAGUGCUAUUGAUAUUCUGGGCUUCACUCCCGAGGAGAAGGUUGGAAUCUACAAGUUAACCGGUGCCGUCAUGCAUUACGGCCUGUUGAAAUUCAAGCUAAGACCGCGGGAAGAGCAGGCCGAGCCCGAUGGGACAGAAGUGGCCGAUAAAACGGCGUACCUCACAGGUCUGAAUUCUGCGGACUUACUAAAAGGGCUCUGCUUCCCUCGGGUGAAGGUGGGGAACGAGUAUGUGACGAAGGGGCAGACUCCGGAGCAGGUGCACCAAAAUGUGAAUGCGCUUGCCAAGUCUAUCUAUGAGAAGCUCUUCCUGUGGAUGGUGACCCGCAUUAACCAGCAACUCGAUACCAGGCUCCCCAGACAGCAUUUCAUUGGUGUGCUGGAUAUUGCCGGAUUCGAAAUCUUUGAGUUGAAUAGCUUGGAGCAGCUUUGUAUCAACUUCACCAAUGAGAAGCUGCAGCAGUUCUUCAACCACCACAUGUUUGUGCUGGAACAAGAGGAGUACAAGAAGGAAGGUAUCGAGUGGGAGUUCAUUGACUUCGGCAUGGACUUGGCCGCCUGCAUUGAGCUUAUUGAGAAGCCAAUGGGCAUCUUCUCCAUCCUGGAAGAGGAGUGCAUGUUCCCCAAGGCGACUGACACUACCUUCAAGAACAAGCUGCACGACCAACAUCUGGGCAAGUCCAGCAAUUUUCAGAAGCCAAAAGUGGCCAAAGGCAAAGCCGAGGCUCACUUCUCCCUCAUCCACUAUGCCGGGACAGUAGACUACAACAUCAAGGGUUGGCUGGAGAAGAACAAGGACCCGCUGAAUGAAACCGUGGUGGGACUCUACCAGAAAUCUUCCAUGAAAAUUCUGGCCAAUCUGUAUGCCACCUAUGCCGCAACUGAUGCAAGUGAGGGAACCAAGAAAGGAGCGAAGAAGAAAGGCUCCUCAUUUCAGACCGUGUCUGCGCUUUUCAGGGAGAACCUCAACAAGCUGAUGUCCAACCUGAGGACCACUCAUCCCCAUUUUGUGAGGUGCCUCAUCCCUAAUGAGACUAAAACUCCAGGUGAAAUGGACCACCAUCUUGUGCUGCAUCAGCUGAGGUGUAACGGUGUGCUGGAGGGAAUCCGGAUUUGCAGGAAGGGAUUUCCCAACAGGAUCCACUAUGGAGAUUUCAAGCAAAGGUACCGUAUACUGAACGCCAGCGCCAUCCCCGAGGGACAGUUCAUAGACAGUAAGAAGGCCUGCGAGAAGCUCCUGGCCUCCAUCGAUCUCGAUCAAACGCAGUACAAGUUCGGACACACGAAGGUCUUCUUUAAAGCCGGUCUCCUGGGCACCCUGGAGGAGAUGCGGGAUGACCGCCUGGCCCUCCUCAUCACUCGCACACAGGCGUUAUGUCGGGGCUUCCUGAUGCGGCUGGAGUACCAGAAGAUAUUGGAGAGAAGGGAGUCCAUUUUUACAAUUCAGUACAACAUCCGAUCGUUCAUGAAUGUGAAACACUGGCCGUGGAUGAAGCUCUACUUCAAGAUCAAGCCGCUGCUUCGAAGUGCUGAGACCGAGAAGGAGAUGGCGGCCAUGAAAGAGGAGUUUGCCAAAACCAAAGAAAACCUGGCCAAGUCAGAGGCAAAGAGGAAGGAGCUGGAAGAGAAGAUGGUGAAGCUUCUGCAGGAGAAGAAUGACCUCCACCUGCAGGUUCAAUCUGAAACAGAGAAUUUAACAGAUGCUGAGGAGAGAUGCGAUCAGCUGAUCAAAACCAAGAUCCAGUUGGAGGCCAAAAUGAAGGAUCUGAGUGAGCGGCUGGAGGACGAGGAGGAAUCAAACGCCGAGCUGACUGCCAAGAAGAGGAAACUGGAGGAUGAGUGUUCCGAGCUGAAGAAGGACAUUGAUGACUUGGAGUUGACCUUAGCUAAGGUUGAGAAAGAGAAGCAUGCAAUAGAAAACAAGGUUAAAAACCUCACCGAAGAAAUGGCCGCCCUGGAUGAAACCAUCGUCAAGCUGACCAAGGAGAAGAAAGCUCUCCAAGAAGCCCACCAACAGACCUUGGAUGAUCUUCAGGCUGAGGAGGACAAAGUCAACUCCUUGACCAAACUAAAGACCAAAUUAGAACAGCAAAUUGAUGAUCUGCAAGGCUCCCUGGAACAAGAGAAAAAGGUCCGCAUGGACAAUGAGAGGGCCAGGAGGAAGCUCGAGGGGGAUCUGAAGCUUGCCCAGGACUCCAUCAUGGAUUUGGAAAAUGAAAGACAACAGCAGGACGAAAAACUGAAAAAAAAAGACUUUGAGAUCAGCCAGCUGUUGAGCAGAAUAGAAGAUGAACAACUUCUGGGGAUUCAGUCACAGAAGAAAAUAAAAGAACUUCAGGCUCGCAUUGAGGAGCUGGAAGAGGAGAUGGAAUCGGAAAGAGCAACGCGCGCCAAGGCAGAGAAGCAGAGGUCUGAAUUGUCGAGGGAGCUGGAGGAGAUCAGUGAGAGGCUGGAAGAGGCCGGAGGAGCCACGGCCACGCAGAUCGAGGUCAAUAAGAAGAGGGAGUCAGAGUUUCAGAAGAUGCGCCGGGACCUGGAGGAAAUGUCGCUCCAGCAUGAUUCCAUGGUGGCAACUUUACGCAAGAAGCAAUCGGAUAACGCUGCCGAGUUUGGGGAACAGAUUGACAACCUGCAGAGGGUAAAGCAGAAGCUGGAGAAGGAGAAGAGUGAGAUGAGGAUGGAGAUUGAUGACAUCAACGGCAAUCUGGAGAAUGUCACCAAGACAAAGGCCAACUUGGAGAAGAUGUGUCGUACUCUGGAGGAUCACCUGAGCGAAUUCCGAUCCAAGGCUGAGGAGAACCAGAGGAACGUGGCGGAGCUGACCAUGCAGAGAGCCCGCCUGCAGACCGAGUCUGGGGAGCUGGCUCGUCAGCUGGAGGAGAGGGAGGCUCUGGUGUCGCAGCUUUCUAGAUCCAAACAGGCCUUUACCCAGCAGAUCGAAGAGCUGAGGAGAAUGAUGGAAGAAGAGGUGAAGGCGAAGAAUGCUUUGGCUCACGGCUUGCAAUCCUCCCGCCAUGACUGUGACCUCCUCAGGGAGCAGUAUGAGGAGGAGCAGGAGGCCAAGUCGGAACUACAGCGAACGCUGUCCAAGGCCAAUGGGGAAGUGGCACAAUGGAGGACUAAAUAUGAAACAGACGCCAUUCAGCGCACAGAGGAGCUGGAAGACGCCAAGAAAAAGCUUGCCCACCGCCUCCAGGAGGCUGAGGAGCAUAUUGAGGCAGUCAACUCAAAGUGUGCCUCUCUAGAGAAGACCAAACAGAGGCUGCAGGCAGAAGUGGAGGAACUGAUGAUCGACGUGGAGAGGGCGAAUUCCCUGGCAGCUGCUCUGGACAAAAAACAGAAGAACUUCGACAAGAUUCUGGCCGAGUGGAGGCAGAAGUACGAGGAGUCCCAAUCUGAGCUGGAGUCGUCCUUGAAGGAGUCGAGAUCUCUGAGCACCGAGCUCUUCAAGAUGAAGAAUUCCUAUGAGGAGACUUUAGACCAAUUGGAGACCAUCAAGCGAGAGAACAAGAACCUCCAACAGGAGAUCAUAGACUUGACGGAACAAGUGUCCUUCAGCGGGAAGACUAUCCAUGAGCUGGAGAAAGCCAAGAAGCAGGUUGAGAUGGAGAAGAGUGAAAUGCAAGCGUCUCUGGAAGAAGCAGAGGCAUCUCUGGAGCAUGAAGAGGCCAAGAUCCUUCGUAUCCAACUGGAACUGACCCAAGUGAAGGCCGACAUUGACAGAAAGGUGGCCGAGAAAGAUGAAGAGAUUGACCAGUUGAAAAGGAAUUACCAGAGAUCAAUGGAAACCAUGCAGACUGCCUUAGACUCUGAGAUAAGGAGCAGAAAUGAGGCCAUCCGAAUCAAGAAGAAGAUGGAAGGUGACCUUAAUGAGAUGGAGAUACAACUGAGUCACGCCAACCGCAUUGCCGUAGAAGCUCAGAAAUACCUGCGCAACGUCCAAGGGCAACUAAAGGACGCUCAGAUCCACCUUGACGACGCUCUCCGGGGACAGGAAGAUCUGAAGGAGCAGCUCGCCAUAGUUGAACGAAGAAAUAACUUGAUGGUGGCAGAAAUCGAGGAGCUGAGAGCAGCUUUAGAACAGACCGAGAGGUCCCGGAAAAUGGCGGAACAAGAGCUUCUGGAUGUCACGGAGCGCGUCCAACUGCUGCACUUCCAGAACACAAGUCUUAUCAGCACCAAGAAGAAGCUGGAGAUCGAUGUGUCGCAGCUUCAAGGAGAGAUCGAGGACACCACCAAGGAGGCUCGCGAUGCAGAGGAGAAGGCCAAAAAGGCCAUUACUGAUGCUGCCAUGAUGGCUGAAGAGCUGAAGAAAGAGCAGGACACCAGCGCUCACCUGGAGAGGAUGAAGAAGAACCUGGACCAGACUGUGAAGGACCUUCAGCUCCGUCUAGAAGAAGCUGAGCAGUUGGCUAUGAAAGGAGGGAAGAAGCAGCUCCAGAAACUGGAGGCCAGGGUGAGAGAACUGGAGAUGGAGCUGGAUCUGGAGCAGAAGAGGAGCGCCGAUGUCAUUAAAGGUAUCCGGAAAUAUGAGAGACGCGUCAAAGAGCUGAUAUUUCAGGCUGAAGAGGACAGGAAGAAUAAUCUGAGACUCCAAGACCUGGUGGAAAAACUGCAGCUGAAAGUGAAAUCCUACAAGAGGCUGACGGAGGAUGCGGAAGAACAUUCGAACACCAACCUAUCGAAGUGUCGCCGCGUGCAGCAUGAACUGGAGGAGGCGGAAGAGAGAGCGGAUAUUGCUGAAUCUCAGGUUAACAAGCUACGGCUGAAGACCCGGGAGACGAUCUCCACCAAGGUGAUUGUGUCCAGCGUAGAAUAAGCUGAAUGUGGACCGGAACACGGCAAUGAGAUGCACAUAAUGUGUGUUCCAUGAGGUGGCAUCCUUCAGUGUCAGACCAGU